AUGACAGUGGAGAGCUGUGUGACGGUCUCUGAAGGCCCGGUGGAAUUGUACGAGAGGACUCUGUCCCAUCGGAACAGUACAACUGCUGCAAAGUUCAUUCUCCUGGGAUUCCCCGAGUUUCCAGGGCUCACCAUUGCCCUCCUUGUGAUAUUCCUGGGAAUCUACCUCAUGGCAGUCUCCUGGAAUGUGGGCCUCAUCACCCUCACCAAGAUGGAUGCUCAUCUCCACACACACAUGUAUUUUUUCCUCAGCAACCUGUCACUCCUGGAUAUCUGUUCUAUUUCCAUGAUAGCCCCCAAGAUACUCUCAGACUUCUUCAAGAAGCAUAAGUUUAUCUCCUUCAUGGGGUGCAUCACACAGUGCUUCUUCUCCAGCCUGGGUCUGUCUGAGUGCUGCCUUCUGGUGGCCAUGGCGUACGAUCGCUAUGCUGACAUUUGUAACCCCCUGCUCUACACAGCCAUCAUGUCCCCCACCCUGUGUGUGCAGAUGCUGGUGGGAUCUUGCACAAUGGGAUUCUUUGGCUCAUUUAUCCAACUGUGUGCCUUGCUCCUGCAUUUCUGUGGGCCAAGUGUCAUCAACCAUUUCUUCUGUGACUUGCCACAACUGCUGGUCUUGUCCUGCUCUGACACCUUUUUCUUCCAAGUCACGACCUCCAUGCUCACAGUGAUCUUUGGCCUCCUGUCUGUCUUGGUUGUCAUCGUCUCCUAUGGUUACACCAUUGCCGCCAUUCUGAGGAUCACUUCAGCUGAAUGCAGAUCUAAGGCCCUCAGCACCUGUGCUUCUCACCUGACAGCAGUCACCCUUUUCCUCAGCUCAGGGAUGCUUGUUCAUAUGUAUCCUAACUCUGGAGAUUCCCUGAGCCAAAACAAGCUGGCAUCAGUCUUGUACACUAUUAUAAUCCCCACGUUGAAUCCACUUGUCUACAGUCUGAGGAACAAGGAAAUCCAAGAUUCCCUAGACAGGUGGAAGAAGAUAUUCUUCUCCAGCCAUUACUAA